AUGUCGCUGGGGCUUAUAAAAGAGCAAGUUUUCCAAAGAUUCGAGGCGUCUUCCAUGAUACGACACGAUCAGGAUCCGCGGUUCAUGAGUGAAGUGUUCACCAGGUUCCGAGAACUCUUAGGUAGCCGACAACGUGCUACACUCGGAUACCGCCCACAGGCGAAUGGACAGCAUGAGAGAUCCGUACAAACGGUCAUUCGGAGCGUUCGAGCGUAUGGCACCGAGAUGGAUCAAUCCGACUGGGAUGAUCACGCUGAGCGACUGAUGUUCCCCCUGAAUGUCUCGUUCGACGCGACUAGACUUGACACUCCUUUCUAUUUGGUUCAUGGUUGGGAUGCCCGAAGUACGUUCUCGGCAAUGUUAGGACCGAAACCUUCGAGCGUUCCUGAGCAUAGCGCCUAUGAGUGGCGACGGAAACUACAGCGUGAGUACAGCUAUGCACUCGCUUGCGCUGAGGAUCUCCAGAAGAAGGUUAAGAGGACGCGCUCGGACGAACAAACCCGGAAGUGGUUGGAGUUAUCAGAAAGGGUCAAAGCUGUAUAUGAAAUUCGGGAUGACUUCCGUGUGAGACUGAAGGUGAAAGAUACAUGUUAUCGUGUUAACCCUUGGGUACACAUUAGCCGACUCAAGCCGAGAGUAGUUUUCCCAAAGAGACCAACAGUCGAGGUUGAUGUUGCAGAUGAUGAUGAUUUCGAUGCGGCGCUGUUGCCUGAAGACAGUUGGGAGCCUGAUAGCUCGAAUGAUGUGUUUGAAGUGGAGUCAAAUCGGGAUAUACGAUGGAUGAAACGCACUCGAACUGCGAGACGAUCCCGAGAAUAUCUCGUCAAAUAG